AUGACUCCUCCAUUACCACCUCCGGUUCCAGUUCCGGUCAAGCUGGUUGCUUCAGUAUCUUUCCUUUGGGAAGAGACCCCUGGAAAACCGGCCCCUUCUUCCGCAAAUGACCCGCCUAAGCUUCCACAGCCACCAUCGAAAACCGUCAAGACUCCUCCCAUACUACCUCCCGUUCCAGUUCCGGUUAAGCAUGUUACAUCGAUUCCAUUCCACUGGGAAGAAACUCCUGGACAACCAUACCCUUGCUUUGUUGAUUUCAACCCACCUGACCCGCUGGACCAACCGCUGCCACCACCUCCCAUGUACGGUGGUGAGGUCAAAAACAACAACGAUACUUAUGAUGAUACACGCAGUGAUUGCUUCAGCUCUGUGCCGUUAUCAGGUGCUUUUGCAGUGCAUGAAUUUGAUGACAACACGAAUAGAGAGACGGGCUCGAUGCCAACAUCCCCAGCCUAUGAUACUGAUGACAGUACAAGCAGUUACAUGACGGAAGCUUCCAGUCUCGUGGGAGCUUCGUUCUUGGAAGAGCUCUUUCCACGUCUUCCACAAGCUUCCACGGCUCACGAUGUUCAGAUUACUACAGGUUCUAAUGACAUGAACUUUGGCUUUCUUGUGAGGACGAAAUAUACACUCCGGGAGUUAAUAAUGAUGAGCCGAAGGAGGAGUUACAUGAGAAGGGCUGUUGAAAUGAGAAAGCACAAUCCUUCCAUUGGUAAAACUUUCACAUUCUCUUUUGGAUAG